AUGCUGCGCGUGCGGAGAGCUUCGGGCGAGGAAGUGGCUUCCGUGUCAGAAGAUGUCGGUGAGGUGCUGGACUUGAAACGCCGUUUGCGCAAGAUGCACGGCUUCCCAGUGUGCUUGCAGCAGCUGGUGUGUGAUGGCAGCUGCUUAAAAGAUGAUGACCGAGUUGAAGCACCCGCUGAGCUGCAGCUGGUGCUAGUAGCUGUUUCUAGGAAGUCGGACAAGGCGCAACUGCGAAAAGUCGAAGCAGAGCCUGCGGAGGUAGCUGGCUCUGAUAUUGAAGUCCUACGUGGUAUGCUGCAAGUGAGGGCUGGAAAGCUCCGUCGCUUCUGCGGCGCGGCACUGCAAUAUGCCGCCAGUCGCGGCUCCACGGAGACAGUGCGCCUUCUGCUGGAUGCUGGCACUUGGCCGUCCUGCAUGGCUCUCAUGUUGGCAGCUUCGAAAGGUCACACUGAGGUUGCAAGCUUGCUGAUCGAUGCUGGCGCUGAGAAGGAAAUGAUCAACUCAGAGGGCAGAACAGCCUUGAUUCUCGCAGCUUACCAUGGGCAUGCUGGCGUUGUGCGCUUGCUGGUUGGUGCCGGAGCUAACAAGAACAGUCAGGAUAUUCGUGAAAGAACGGCUCUCAUGUGGGCUGUCAUUUACGGUCACACGGAGGCUGUCAAGCAUUUACUGCUUGACGCGGGCACCGACAAGGACUUGCAGGAUUGCUGUAGCAUGACAGCUCUCCUGCAUGCAGCCAAAGGUGGCCGCACUGGGAUCGCGCGUUUGCUGGUGGAGGCUGGUGCUGACACGAGCUUGCGAGAAUACUCGGGCAAGACAGCUCUGAUUAUGGCUGCUUACCGUGGAUUCGACGAGAUUGUCCGGUUGCUCAUUGACGCCGGUGUUGACAAAGAUGUGUUCGACGACUAUGAUGACGAGGCUACUGACAGGACAGCGCUCAUGUGGGCAGCCAGUCUAGGUCGCAUUCAGAUUGCAAGAUCUCUGGUCAAUGCUGGCGCCAACCUUCACCUGAGGGAUACAAAGGGCCGGACAGCUGUCAUGUGGGCAGCCCGUCGUGGGCACAACGAGGUUGAACGAUUGCUGACUGAUGCUGGCGCAGGCAAGAGCUUGCAGGAUACAGUCCUCAGCUGGGCAGAAAUCAUAUUGCCUACAAGCCUGCGCUGGGUCAGACGAUCUCGCUGA